UUAUCAUGAAAAAGGUCAAGGCCACGAAGGCCAAGGUCUAACACAAUUGUCGAGAAAUUUCUUCACAAAUCUCCCGAAAUCUGGUCUAGUUCAUCACUGAUUAACGUCUGUGUUUGUGUAUUAUUUGCUCGUGACGCCUCGGCUAGAAAAAAAGGAUAAGAUGUCUGACGGUGAACCUGCACAAGCACCUCACCCUUCUCCUCUUCAUAAUGUGGCUGAUCCGAAUCCUAAUCAUCAUCCCCCUCAUGGACCUGUGUCGCCAAUCUCGCCAACUGUAUUGAAGUCCUUCCUUAUCCCCAGUCCAGUAACUACUCGAAGAACAAGAACACAGUCACAAUCUCAAAGGGCAGCCGAAGGACCUCACUACAAAGGCCAUGUGGUGGACUUUUGUCGGAAUAAAGGCCAUGGUUUUGUCACUCCUGAUGAUCCAAAAGAGCGACUGAUUCAAGAAAAAUUAUUUGUCCACGUGUCCGAUAUUGAUGGGGAUUUCAUACCAGAAGCAGGAGAUCUUAUAGAAUACAAGAAAUGUCUCAUACCUCCGAAAAAUGACAAGUAUCAGGCUGUACAUUUGCGAAUCCUAUCAAGCAGUGCUCACCAGCGUUGGGAUUCGCCCUCCAAAUAAGAAACAGUUGUGUGAGGGGCUAUGACUCAACUUGACUUGUGCAAAAUUUUGAAAGUUCUGUGAACUUUAUGACAUGAAUUAUUGAUGACGUAAGAUUUAGCAUUUUACGAGGUUUCGUUAUGAAAUGCCAUUGAUUGUUCUACCUCUGUCUGUUGAAACUACAUUUAAGGGCAGAGAUUCUGUUAAACCAUAGAUAUUUCACAUAAACCAUACAGAGACCUAGAGCCACUGAUACACCUGACCUUUUUUGGUAUAGUGUCGUGAUUUGACACCAAUUCACCCAAGACAUAAAAUUGUAAAUUGCCUGUAGUUCACCUUUUAAAAUUGUCUUGAGGUCACCUCAUUUUGAUGAAAAUUAUCACUAGUUAAAUAACUUUCUAUAAAAAGUAUUGACAGGUAUUCAACACUUCUAAUUGUUCUAAAGAAAGGUUAAAAAAAUAGUUACUCAGAUUCUAUUUUUGACCCCAAAUUAGUGGUGCCCCCCUACCUGAGUUGAGGUGUAACAAGAUUUACAUUGACCAGUGCAUUAACUAUUAUUUCAUAUGAUAGACAUAUUAUUUUCUGUGGUCAAGAAGUCUUGACAUAAAGCGUGCUGUCUGAGAAAUAUUUGUUAAAGAAAGAGUGAUUUGUGCCAUGAUUGCAGAGCUGCCGAAAUUGUUUUAGAAUUUCCUAUUUCUGUUUACCUGAUUUUCCUUGUACUGUAUAUUUUUUAAACUUGGAGGAGUAAGUUUGCGUCGUUUUGGAGUACUGAAGAAAGAGUUGGCCUGAUGUGGCCGGUAAAGUAUAGUAUCUCCCUUGUAGAACUUUUACUGUGUGUUCAAGAAGAGGCCUUGCGAGAAGUUCCCUACAGAUUCUCUUUGAUGUUGCUGUCUUCACCACACUAAGUGUCAUCCAAAAAUACCUUUUGUGCAGUCAGCACGUUUAUUAAGAAAAACACGUUUUCCACAAUGGCUGCAUAGAAUGUUAAUCUUUAGAGUGAAAUUGAUGUUGUUGACUGUUGAUUUGUGCAGUACCUGUUCUGUUAUCAAAGUUAAUAUGGGCUUCCAUCAUAAUGGAACGUGUGUUUAGGAACAGGGAGGAUUUAACUUCUUGGUUUAAACCUCAUGACAACGUGUUGAAAAAGUAUAUUAUCCAAGAACAGAUCAUGAGUGUGUUCGUUUAUAUUUUGUUAAAACAAUCUUGAAGUUCAAUUCAGUAUUCAGCCUCGGGGUAGUGGCGAAAUUUCAAAUGUUUAUCAAAACAAUAGUGACGAGUAAAUGGAGUGUCUGCAUGAAAUACUAAUGAUAAUUACCUUAUUUCUCUUAAUUUUAUUUGAAAUCAUCCUUGCCUCCCCCUACUCCAUGGUCAUACAUGUAUAUACGGGCAAUAACUUAAACUGAUGUUACCGAGGUUUCGCAUCAUUCACGACUUCCACUUGACUUCAACUUUGUGAAUUAUAGUUCAUCAUCAUCAUAUCAUUACCUGCUUCGUAACCCUAUUGGAUUUUUGCCAGAGGUAUGGAGUCCACCUAUGUGUGAUCUUUUACUUGCCCCAGCACAGACACUCAGGUACAAGGGACCACGGCUUUAAGUCUCAUCCGACAGACUCGAAUAUUUCAUAUGUCAAAUGACAUCUUGGAUUCAACUGAAUUCACCAACUUUUUUUGUUGAACCAAUUUCUCCAGCGCAAAAAUGUUUUUAAUUCCGGAUCAGACUUGCGCAUGAGGCAGAAAAAAUGAAGCGUAUUCCAUAUUUGGACAACGACUUCAUUAUACAGUGGAACCUCUGUUGGCGGACACCUCUCUAUUAAGGACAACCUCUCUAUUAAGGACACUAGUUUUGGUCCCCAAAUUGGUUAUUUCCAUUCAAUUUGACCUCUCUAAUCAGGACACCUCUCUAUUAAGGACAGAACUUGUCAGUCGCGAGGGUGUCCUUAAUAGAGAGGUUCUACUGUAUAUGUCGCACCCACAGGUACAAUUUGGAAUUUCAAAAAGAUUUGUGCAGAGCCAGGAGGUAUGACAUUAUGAAAAUGUUCCCAAUUAAGUUAAAUUGAACCUAUUACUAGAUAGCUGUAAUCAAACAUUGAAGUUGAAGUCGGAGUGAGGGUCAGAUGAGGGCCACCUCUCUAUCAAUUGCAUUUCUCCUACAUGUCUAUUAUAAUGGUUUUGUGUUUUGUAAGUGUUGGAGGUAGUAGCGUUCGUGUAGUAAAUAAAUUGGUGUUUAUUAUAGCUUUAACCCUUUAGAUCCUGGAACAUUUUUAUGUGUCGCCCUGUAUUUCCCUGGAACAUUUCAGCAAUUUUCACCCAAAAAGACCACCGUGUGUGUACAAGCAAGCUACAAAAUUUUAAAACUUCAUCAAUAGAUCCCUAACCGGGUGAAAACCGGCCUUAGUUUCAUUGCUUAAGUAAAGAUGGCGAUGGUGUCGCUUGAGAUUAGAUACGUACUGAUGGGGGGGGCUAGCGGCCGGUUAGAGAUAUGCAGACGAAAAUCAGAGGCCGGGUAUCGGCUGGUUAGGAUCUAAAGGGUUAAAGAUGUUGUUGAAUUUCAUUAGAAAAUAUCUUAACGCAGUAACAUCCCAUCAUUCUGAAAUGCCCAUUGGUCUGAUCCAUUAGGCAGGGUUCCCACAGAAAAAGUCAUGAAAUUUGAACUUAUGAAAGACCCAUAACAUUUUGGAAAAUUUCAGCAGUAAAGUCAUAAAAAAGUCAUGAAUUUGAUUUGUGGGCUAAUUCGACUAUCAUUGUAUAUCAAAGUUGAAGGGGCAUCCUGAACCUCAGGGACUUUCAUUUGGUUUAUAAUUAACAUUUGUUGGCAAGCGGAUGAGCAUUCAACUGACACUGGUAUGCGAGGAUGUUUUAAAAACUUGAGACUAUUGGCAUGGUCGUAGGGCAGCACAAGUGUGUUGGAUAGAAUAUGACAAAUAUGGUACAUAAUGAUACGUUUUAGAAUUCCUUUGGCCUAUCACUAGUAGAUAUGUAGCAAAUGCAAAUGCGGGCUCUUUGGGAUGGUUUUAUUGUCGAGAAAAAAAUACACGAUUUCUGCCUGCAUUCAUUCUUUGAUGGAGGACUACUUAAUGUACCGAGUUGCUCUCUCAUUUAUUGGAGUGUAGAAGUUGACUAUAAUAAGAUUUACAAGCAAACAUUUCAAAUACUGGUAAUGUUUUAGCUUUGUGGAGUGUUCUUGGCGUGCCAAUCUAUGUAUUGUUAAUUCCAAUUCAUUUGUUUAUUCUUUCCCCGUUUCUUUUUAAAAACUUUUUUUGUCGUCGUCACCUUUCACAACAGAUUGUAACGCUACCUUCUGGCUGUGGAGUUCACCGUAACCUAGUUUGUAGCAUUGAUUUUGACAACCCUUUAGAAGUAGAGGACUGACGGCAACUGGAUAAAAGUUUACUGUAAACUCCUAAUUUAGAUGUACUUAAUUCAAUUUUGAUUGCCUUGCACAACCCCUUGGUUCAUGCUAUGCAAGUUUCAACGUGUAUCUUAUACCCUCCCCUCUCAAGCCUUGAGAAGUAUCACCACCUGUUCUGAUAUGUCACUAAACAUUUUGAAACUUUGGUUGUGCGUACAUGUUGAUGUAUGUUACAUGUGUGCAUUUGUUUCCAAGUGUUACUCAUACUGUCUUGACUAAUUUUUGGGACAGAUUGGUGAUGAGGUGAUGCUGUUUUACUCUUUGUUGAUGGGAGAGUUUACGUGUAUAAGAUAGACAUUGAUAUUUACAUUGGAAGUAUUUUAAUCCUACUGUGCAGUAGGCCUACUUUGUUUAAGAUAUAUUUGGUAUUUUUGUAACUUCUUGCAGUUAACACAGUAAUGUGUUUAUAUAGUAGCAUGUAGACUAGCAUACCUAGCUUCCCCACUGGUCUUUGAGGGAAUAAACAUACUACAAUAUUACAGAA